CCUUCUCCUCAAUCUCUCUCUCUCCCCCUUACAUCUCGUCGAUCCUCUCUUGCACGUGCUCAAAAUGGUUGCAAGUGCAGAACCAAUCCAGAACGGCGUCCAUUUCCCCGUGAAAUACUCCAACGACACGUGUGAUGAAGAUCCCUUGAACUGGGCGAAGGCAGCCAAGGAGCUUCAAGGCUCCCACUAUGAUGAGGUGAAGCAAAUGGUGGACCGGUUCACCCGAUCCGACUCGGUCGUUCUCCAAGGCCAGAGCCUCAGAGUUGCUGAUGUAGUCGCUGUCGCCCGUCGUCAACCGGACGUAACAGUCCGUCUCGAUUCGACCGCCGCUAAACCACGUGUCGACGAGAGUUCCAACUGGGUAAUGGCUCAAUCUUGCAAAGGCACUGACACUUACGGUGUCACAACCGGAUUCGGUGCAACUUCGCAUCGACGAACCAACCAGGGGGUCGACCUCCAACGUGAGCUGAUCCGGUUCUUAAACGCCGGUGUCAUUGUCGGUGACGGCAACGAACUCCCCGGUGACAUCGUUCGUGCGGCCAUGCUCGUGCGAACCAACACACUCUUGCAAGGCUACUCUGGCAUCAGAUGGGACAUUCUCAACACCAUCAUAGACCUCAUCAACGCAGGCCUCACACCACUACUCCCCUUACGUGGCACCAUCACAGCCUCUGGUGACCUCGUUCCGCUAUCCUACAUCGCAGGUGUAGUCACUGGUCGUCCCAACUCCCGCGUCCGCACGCCCUCAGGAGAACUAAUAUCCGGGUUAGAGGCGCUAACUCGCGUCGGGUUAGAGAAACCGUUCGAAUUGCAACCCAAAGAAGGGCUUGCCAUCGUGAAUGGGACCUCGGUCGGAGCGGCACUCGGUGCGAUCGCAUGCUUUGAUGCAAACAUUCUUGCGGUGUUUUCGGAAAUUAUGUCGGCGAUGUUUUGCGAGGUAAUGCAAGGGAAGCCGGAGUUUACCGACCCGUUAACCCAUCGGUUAAAGCACCACCCGGGCCAGAUGGAAGCAGCGGCUGUGAUGGAAUAUGUACUCGCCGGGAGCGCGUUGAUUAAACACGCGGAAAAGCUUCACGAGUUCAACCCGUUACAGAAGCCGAAACAGGACAGAUACGCGCUCCGAACAUCUCCACAGUGGUUGGGUCCUCAGAUAGAGGUGAUAAGGGUGGCUACCCAAAUGAUCCAACGAGAAAUAAACUCAGUGAACGACAAUCCAGUAAUCGACGUCGCUCGUGACAAGGCUCUCCACGGAGGCAAUUUCCAAGGAACCCCAGUCGGCGUUGCCAUGGACAACGUUCGCCUCACCGUGGCGGCAAUGGGGAAACUGAUGUUCGCUCAAUUCUCUGAACUCGUCAACGACUACUACAAUGGUGGGUUACCAUCGAACUUGAGUGGCGGGCCAAACCCUAGUCUCGAUUACGGGUUUAAGGGUGCAGAGAUUGCCAUGGCUUCUUAUACUUCAGAGUUGCAGUAUCUAGCUAAUCCGGUAACGACCCAUGUACAAAGCGCUGAGCAGCACAACCAAGAUGUGAACUCGUUGGGUUUGGUUUCCGCAAGGAAGACAGCUGAGGCGCUUCAUAUUCUAAAGCUCAUGACUGCGACAUACUUAGCCGCGUUGUGCCAGGCCAUCGAUCUACGUCACCUUGAGGAGAAUCUAAGGCAUACCGUUAAGACAGUCGUCGCACAGGUGGCAAAGAAGACACUGAGUACUGGACCAAAUGGCAAGCCAUUACCGGGCCGGUUCACAGAGAAGGACCUGCUCCAGGUGGUGGAGAACGAACCCGUUUUCUCCUACGUAGAUGACCCAUGUCGACCCGAUUACCCUCUGAUGCAGAAGCUCCGGCAGGUAUUGGUUGAACACUCACUAGGAGCAGAAGAGAUGGAUGUGUCACCCAAAUCAAGUGUGUUUGGACGGAUCAAGCUCUUCGAAAGUGAACUUAAGGAGCAGUUGAACCCACAGAUUAUGAUCGCACGUGCGAAAUAUGAUAAUGGAACUGCACCGCUUCCAAACCGGAUCGUGGACUGCCGGUCCUACCCGGCCUAUAAGUUUAUCCGAUCAGUGCUUGAGACUGAGCUGUUAAGUGGGACUAGGAAGGUGUCCCCUGGAGAGCAGAUCGAGGCCGUCCAUACAGCUAUCUGUGAUGGGAGGAUUGUGGCACCGUUGAUGGAGUGCUUGGAUGGGUGGACCCAGAAGCCAGGAUCAUUUUGAUUCGUUUGUGAUUGCUUUCUUUUUUCAAUUUUUACUUUUUAAGA